CAAAAUGACCCUCCAGAGGCCUUAAGUUAACCAGAAAGCUCAGCACGUGCCGUUCUGUAUAUUCGGUUCCGAACCGCAACUCCUAGACACCCUAAAAUGUGGACCCAGGGACCAGACUAAAGGAGUGCACGAGCCGAAGGACCCUGCAGAUCUCGGGGCCUCCAGCCCCUCUGCCCCGGAGGUGACGGCCGUCCGGGGUGAAUGGGGCCCGGGGGAGAAGCCUGUCACCCGCCAGCGUGCGCGGCGUCCGCUGCUACCUUCCGGCUUUGGCGUUUUGUCAGCACUUGGGAACUUCCUGGCCCAGUUGAUUGAGAAGAAGCAGGAAAAAGAAAACUGCUCUCAAAAGCUAGAUGUCAGAGGGCCUCUCAGAUAUGCCAUUUACGGGUUCUUUUUCACAGGGCCGCUGGGUCACUUCUUCUACCUCUUCAUGGAGCACUGGAUCCCUCCCGAGGCCCCCUUGGCAGGCGUCACGAGGCUCCUUCUGGACCGCCUCCUCUUCGCACCUGCCUUCCUGUCAUUGUUCUUCCUCAUCAUGAACUUCCUGGAGGGGAAGGACGCGACCGCCUUCGCUGCCAAGAUGAAGAGAGGAUUCUGGCCGGCGCUUCAGAUGAACUGGCGAGUCUGGACUCCAGUGCAGUUUAUUAACGUCAACUACGUCCCUUUGCAGGCCCCGCCAGUGUCCACCGUCUCCACACCAAGUACAGCCCAUCUGUGUCCGGGUCCCAAGACCACUGCCGGAUGGACGGGCUCACGGCCUAGGUUUAUGAGGGCCACGCAGCCGGGAUGUACAACUGGAUCCUGGGACUCCAUUGCUGGCGCGCUGUGCUGCCUCCCUCCCUCCCCUGAGGGCCACACAGAGCAAGCCCUCACCCACCCGCAAAAUGCAGGCACUCGGGGUUUCUGCCCAGGGUUUUACUGGGGGCUGGGCACAUGGGCACCGCCCCCUGCACCAGAGUUCCCCACGCCCCCGGAGGAGAGGCGGGACCCGCAUGAGAUCCAAGUUCCCAGACACCAGCGGAGCACCAGCCUCUCAAACAGGCCUUUCCAGGGAUUCCCAGGCCUCAGGCCUGCUGUGUUAACCUUUUUCUGCACACCAUUUAAGUAACCUACCUGAAACUAGCUCAUGCAGGCUGAUUUCCAUCCUGCUUUAGGGAGAGGAGAGAAAGAGACCUGGGGCAAGAGUCCCCUUGGGAAAGAGGUACCUUGCAAGGGUGGGAAGAGGGAGGGGACGGGCUUGGUAAUCACACACACACACACACACACACACACACACACACACCCCACCCCCACCCCCCAAGGGGUAGCAGAAAACCAGAGGCAGUGAUGGACAGCAAUAGCUGAUGUUGCAGGAAGUUAAAGCAAAAUAAAAAUCGGUCCAUUUCCAUUGGCUUUAAAAAUGGCCUUCCCAAGAGCAACUUCAGUGUCUCGAUGUGGCUGAAGCCAGAUGGCUGAGAACUGAUGAGUGGGUGGGGAGGUAGAAGAUAAACUACAAGUCUAAAAAAGUCUCUCGGACGUUUGAGAAGCGGAGGGGAAAACGGCAGUUAGCAGUGGGCCAGGGGAGGAGAAGGCUUUGCAGCUAGGAGAAGAGUGGCCAUGCUGCAUGCAGGUGGCCCCCCGGGCUGCCCCAGUGCCGGGGGUGGGGGUGGGACUGCAGCGCAAGCAGAGAGGCACUUCAGGUGGAAGGCUCGCCUCCCCUGUGAGCACAGCAGAGAGAGGAGGUCCACUGUUCACUGGGGACCCCGGCCACACCUUG